UGCGACGUCAUCGCACGGCGCCGUAGGGGAAGGGGACGCGUGGAGAAUGGAGGGGGAGUGCGGGGAGGCCCCGGCCCAGGCCCAGGCCCAGGCCCAGGCCCCGGCCCCGGCUCCGGCCCAGGCCCAGGCCCGGCGGCGUCGGAAAGCCGCCAAGAAGCGGAAGGAAGCAGCGGCGGCCAUCCCGCGGGGCAGGCCCAAGUCGGGGCGGGUGUGGAAGGAUCCCGGCAAGAAGAGGUUCUCACACAUGAUCCAGGACAAGGCCCUUCGCACCUCCUGGGCGCGGAAGAUGAAGGAGCGGCAGGAGAAGAAGCUUGUCCAGGACCUCGCACGGCAGCUGCAGGAGAGGAAGCAGAGGGAGCGAGAGGAGAAAAAGCGGCGGCGGGCGGAGAACAUAAAGCGGCGCCUGGAGAAUGAACGGAAGGCGGAGAUUGUCCAAGUGAUCCGGAACCCGCUGAAGCUCAAGCGGGCGAAGAAGAAGCAGCUGCGGCGGGUGGAGAAGCGGGACACGCUGGCCCUGCUCCAGAAGGCACCCGUGCAGCGCAAAGCAGCCACGGAUUGAGAUGGGAGAUGGGGCGCCGCGAUGCUUGGCCCGGGCAGCCGGGGUUUCUGUGGGUCCUGCUCUUCUCCAGGGGCGAUUCCUCGGCUUGGCGGGCAGGAGUCGCUACCCGGGCUCUCAGUGUUGGACAGACAGCAGAACGGAGCUGGGGUUACACAGUGCCGUGACCCACAGGAGCCAACUGCGGGAUCCCCCCUGCCCUGUGAAUUUGGGGUGUUCCUGACGGCCGGCGGGUGGAAGGAGAACUGCUUCACCUGCCCAAAUCUGCUUUUUCUUUAUAAAAAUGAAUAGGAACUGA